AUGCGGUAUCUGUCGUUCAUUUUGUUAUGGGUUUGUAUGGGAAGGAACUCUUGUGCUCAUGAUAAUGUGACCAUAAAUUAUGUCCCGCUGCAACUGACCAAGUUCAAAAUGGAACACCCGGAACCAAUUGGACUUCUGACCACAGGAGUUGGAAGACCAGUGGACAUACGAAAAACAGUAACUUUGAACACAAACUUGUUCGUGAAUCCAGUAUUCACAGAACAGAUUCUACACAUAGACAAGGAGAGAAUACCGGAACGAAUAGUGCAUGCCAGGGGGGCAGGAGCUCAUGGAUAUUUUGUAGUGACCCACGAUGUGUCUAAAUAUACGUCGGCUGCAGUUUUCAAUGGAAUCGGUAAAAAGACGCCAGUAUUUGGAAGAUUCUCCCCAUCCGUUCCAAACAUAGCAGGUGCCGAAACAAUCAGAGACACAAAGGGUCUGUCCGUAAAGUACUACACUGAAGAAGGUAACUUCGACCUUUUGAGUCUUCACCACCCAGUCUACUUCUACAGAAAUCCUUCUGAUUUCGAUUCUUUUGUAAAGGCUGAGAGAAGAAACCCUAGGACAAAUAUACUUGACGCAACAGCAGCUUGGGAUUUUAGAACUAAUAGACCAGAUAGUUUACACGCAGUUAUGUGGCUAUUAUCUGACUAUGGUAUUCCAGACGGUUAUAGAAAAAUGGAUAUAUUUCCUAUUCAUACUUUUGAGAUUUAUAACAAACAUGGAGAUAGAUUUUAUGUCCGAUUUAACUACAGGACAGAACAGGGUCUCGCCAAUUUGACGACAGCUGAAGCCCAAGCCGUAGGUAGUGUAGACCCCGACUAUUUUACCAGAGAUUUGUAUAACGCUAUAGCCAACAAAAAUUAUCCAUCUUGGAGACUAGAUAUGGACGUCAUACCAUUUAAUGAUUUGACGAAAUUAAGUUACAACCCAUUUCUUUUGACCAAACUUUGGGAAAAUGGAACAUAUGAAACAGUAACUAUAGGUCGUUUGGUAUUUAACAGAAACGUGGAUAAUUGGUUCAGUGAAGUAGAACAAAGUGCCUUUAAUCCUGCUAACUUAGUUCCAGGAAUAUCAGGGCCUAUGGACUUCCUUUUCACAUCACGGGUAGUAUCUUAUAAAGAUACCCAAGAUUAUCGGUUAAGUGUUAACCACCACAACAUUGAAAUAAACAAGCCAAAAUAUACAAAACACUAUUUGAGAGACGGCAAACCCCCCACUCUACAUAAUAUGAAAGACUUUCCUAAUUAUUUUCCUAAUUCCUUCAACGGUCCAUUGCCUUACAUAGACAAAAAUGCUCCUAAAGAACGACUAUUAAUACUAGAAACCAAUGCAGUCGAUUUCGAAAAUAUUGCUGAGUUUUAUCACCAUGUGCUGAAGACAGAAGGAGAAAGAAUACGUUUAGCGCAAAACAUUGCCGAGAAUAUAAGGUUCGUACAGGAACCAGUCAAGACAAGAGUAGUAGAAAUGAUGUCUCUCAUAAACCCGACUUUAGGUAAACGUGUCGCUGCCGCAGUGCAGCCGACGGCAAAGAAGCCACGUGCUGCUACAUCAGAAGCGUACGAACCGCUUGCCAGAUGUAUGGCAGCUUUUAAUCGAUAACCUAUCAAUACUAUAAGUUAUUUGAACUCCGUUUGUUUUGUUUAUUUCAUUUUAAAGAAAUUACACUACCUUGUGCAUAGCCUCUUGGUUAUCUGAUAGAAAAACUUAAAUAUUUAAGCUUGCCUUUUGCAUGUGUUUGUUAUGAUUAUUAUAUGCCUAAUAAAAUACUAAAUUAUAAACCUUCAAAUAGAAACUCCAUGUUUUUAGAAAUUCUGACCCUGCCCAUAAGAAAUAUUUUUACCAAAUUUUGAAGUUACAAUUAUAACCAUUAUUAAAUUGCGCAAGUCACUCAACUGUAG